UAAUCACUUUUGCUUGUAAAAUUCGCCCGCAAACUAGUGCAAUUAGUGUGCGCCUAAGCAAACCUCCGCCCAAAACCCACCCUUUCCUAUUCGCGACGCUAAACUUACCCGCUAACGUAAAACAAGCGCCGCCCGUGCUUGCAGGGAUGCGUCAAACGCGCUCUACCCUUCAAACGCGUCAGUGUGUGACAUGCGUCGGUGCGCGAGUGUGAGAGCAAAAGCAAGCUGAAAAAAUUGCCGGGAAGUGUGGUCCGCGUUUUCUUGCACGAGUGUGUUGCUGGCUUCGCAAACGGGAAACGCACGGCGAAAUACACGGACGCGCGGCUACCGCACACGGGCGCACCUUGUCGUGAAGCCAAAUACUGUCUAGUUGUGGAGUGGUCCAGCGACCGGGAGUUGGUUUUUUUUUGUCGAGGGAAUUGCAUCCGCUCGUACCGGAAUAAUCGUGUCCAGCGCACACACUCACACACGCACACGGUCUCUGGAAAAAGCAAGCUGCCCUGAGCGCAGUGUAGCAACGCCUAUACCUUCCGGGGCGGUUUUACGUGCGUGUCUGCUGUGUUGUGCAUUCGGGAAAGUGCACAAACGUUCCGCUAGCCGGAAGUGGCCACGGGCCGGUUUAUCUUCAGCCAGCUCCAGGCGGCAACACCGUCUUUCGGGCAGGGAGAAACCAUUGCUGUUUCGCGUGCGUGUGUGUGUUUGUGUGUGUUGUAUCUGCGUGUGUGCAUCCGGCGGGCAGAACUGAAAACAGCGAAUUGCCUUCCCCCUGUCGCCCUGCCCUCUCCCCCAUGUUGGUCUGGCGUGACAGCAACCUUUUAGUGGCGCGUGGUGCCAAACAAUAAUAACAAUAAAAGCCGGCUUGUGUGUGUGUGUGAAGCGGAUUUGUGUUUGUUUGCUGGAGGAACACGGUACGCGCGCCGCCAAAACAUCCCAUUAUUGCGACUGGUGUCCGAUAAGUUGCCGUUUGGGUGUGCAUACACACACAGAGAUAAACAAACGGACACGCGCUUCGGUUUGCAGCAGCAGCGGAAAAGGCAGCAACGAUGGGCGCCUACCUUUCCGAACCCCUGACGACGAAGGAUUCGAGCGAUGAGUCGAACGAGUACUUGGCGUCCGGUUCCAGCUCGAUGCAGGGCUGGCGAAUCAGCCAGGAGGAUGCACACAACUGCAUACUAAACUUCGACGACCAGUGCUCGUUCUUCGCGGUGUACGAUGGGCACGGUGGGGCGGAGGUGGCCCAGUACUGCAGCCUCCAUCUGCCCACCUUUCUCAAGACAGUCGAGGCGUACGGGCGGAAAGAGUUUGAAAAGGCGCUGAAGGAAGCGUUCCUCGGCUUCGACGCGACCCUGCUGCAGGAGAAGGUGAUCGAGGAGCUGAAGGUACUGUCCGACAAAACGAACGGCGAGGACGAGGCGGACGAGGAGGUGGAGGAGGAGGAGGAGGACGACAAUGUGGAGGAUCUGUGCAAGGAGGCGGUCAUGCCGCUGAACGAGGUGCUGCAGAAGUACCGCAAGGACACGAAGCCCGGCGAAGCGAAAAUCCAGCGGGUGGCCGCCAUCAAGGAGGGCAGCUGCUCGAAACCGGUCUCGCCGUACCUGAAGGGGAAGAGGCGGGCGGCGGCGGCGGGCAACGAUGCCGGAGCCGGUGGGUCGAGCGAGAAGCGGCCGGUUAAGAUGGAGGGUGGCAGCAGCGGCGACAGUGCGGGAUCCGAUGCGGAGGCCGAUCCGGUGGACAAAAAGCAGCAACCCCAGCCGAAGCAACAGAAGGAGGAGAAGGAGGAGGAAGAGACGGUGCCGGGUGCGGCCGAUUCCACCGUGAGCAGCUCGAGCAAUAAAGCGGUCGAGCGGGUGAAGGAAGCGACACCGCAGCCCGAACCGUCCUCGUCGUCCUCGUCGUCGUCGUCCGCUGGCAAAGUUUCGCCGGGCAAGAGUGAUCCAGUGGCGGACGGUGGAGAGGUUGCCGCAGCGGGCAGCAAGAAGGCGGAACAGAGCGACGAGAUCAGCGAUACGGCCGGCAACGUGGCGGCUGGCAAAUCGACAGAUGCUGCCGAGCCGGGAAAGGACAACUGUGCACCGGACAGCUCGUCGUCGGACGGUAGCAAGGCGAGCAAGCUGAACGGAGACGUUGGUAAAGUGGGCUCCUCGGGGGCCGUCUCGUCCUCGUCGUCGUCCGGUUCGGCCGGUCCAGAGAAUGGUAGCUGUGACAGUGGCAGUGGUGGAAGUGGUGCUGGUGUUGCAGCCGCCCCCAGUGCAUCGCCGGCGGCCAAAGUACACAGCAGCUCGGCCAAACCGUCGCCGAAGAAUGGCCCUCCCCCGGCGGACGUGUCGAUGAGCAUGGACGAUACGGACGACGACGAUGACGAUGAUGAGAGCGAUUCGGACGAGGAGUUCCCGCACGCGGAAGAACCGGCCGACGAUACGUCCAGCACGGACGAAGGGGAGGAAGAUGCGUACGGGGAGGAAGGUAGCGCUGAGGAGGAGGAGGAAGAACCGGACGAGUAUGCCGAUAUGGGCGAGUACAUCAACGAGGAGGAUGCCGCGUUCAUGAAAACCAUCACCGACGAGCCGGGCAAGGACAGUGGCUGUACGGCGGUCGUUGCGCUGCUGCACGGAAAGGAUCUUUACGUCGCGAACGCCGGAGACUCCCGGUGCGUCGUUUGCCGGAAUGGGAAGGCGCUCGAGAUGAGCUACGACCACAAGCCGGAGGACACGGUCGAGUACCAGCGGAUAGAGAAGGCGGGCGGUCGCGUCACGCUGGACGGUCGGGUGAAUGGAGGGUUGAAUCUGUCGCGAGCCAUCGGUGACCAUGGUUACAAAAUGAACAAAUCGCUUCCAGCGGAAGAGCAGAUGAUAUCGGCCCUGCCGGACAUCGAGAAGAUCACGGUCGGGCCGGAGGACGAGUUUAUGGUGCUGGCGUGCGACGGCAUCUGGAACUUUAUGACCAGCGAGCAGGUCGUGCAGUUUGUGCAGGAACGGAUCAACAAGCCCGGCAUGAAGCUGUCCAAAAUUUGCGAAGAGCUCUUCGAUCACUGCUUAGCGCCACACACCCGGGGCGAUGGUACCGGUUGCGACAACAUGACCGCCAUCAUCGUACAGUUCAAGCCGAACUUUACCGGUGCCGGGUCGCGGAAACGUACCGCCUCGAACUCGGUGGCGAGCGCGGUGGACGGGACCGAUGAUGCGGAUGCCGUCUCGUCCGCCACGAAGAAGGUUAAAACCGACGGCGAUGAUGCUUCCUCCACCACGGAAGUGACCGACGGCAGCAAUGGCGUGGGCAAGGAGGCGGAUGCAACGGAAGCGGCCGCCGCAGUUGCUUCGAUUGCGGACGACGACAGCACCACCACCACGACGACGUCGACGGCAGCGGCUGCCUCGUCCGAGGCGGCUUCCUCUUCGACGUGAACGAACCACCAUGGGACCACGGUACACACACACACACACGCGGAAUGAGAGUGUCGGUGGGGGGAGAGCGCCACACCCAAUGGCCAAAAGAAGUAGGGGAGGGGGUUUUUAGAGGUGGACAGUGCGCAGUGUAAGGGGCAUCAUCCGUACCGGAGCCUCUAAAGGAAGGUUUUUUCUGGUCCAGUACAUAGUAAUUUGUAAUACAUUCAUUUUUCAUACACUCAUCAACUUUCCACUCCCUCUCUCUAUCUUUCUGGUUGAAGUAAUAUCCCUGUGUAUGAGUGUGGUUGUUUUUUUUUUGUUUUUGUCAGUGUGCAAAGAUUGGUGUGUCAAGCAUUAGCGGAGCUAAAUCACACUUAUUACUGAAGGGGAUAAGUUGAAAGAUAGAUAGAGCGAGGCAGAGAUAGGGAGAUUACAGGCUUUUACCUCAUGAAGAAGGAAUUACUCGUUUUCGUACUUUUCGUCCAACGAUUGGCACCAUCGCAACACAGUAUUUUCCAGCAAAAAGAAAGCAAUUGAGGUAAUCGCAGUCCAGUAGAGCCAGGACGAAGAAGAACGAGGUUUGCUAGGUCGUUGUAAUUGAUAAUUUUCCGUUUUUUUAUAUGCCAAUAUCUCCUGUCGAGGGGGAAGCCGUAAGAGAUGAAAACAAGCCAGGUGCAAAUGAUAAGUAGAGAGAAAAGAUAAAGCAAAAACAUUGGAACCAGUUUGCAAGUUGUAAAACCCAACGGGUUCGAAAGUAAAGAAAGCACUGGAAAAGCAACACACCCCAUCCCACUAUUUUUAGCCGUGAAAAUUAAUUAUCACUUUUUUCAUCGUCUAUACAUACACAUGAGUGGUUUGUAAUGUGCAAAACAAAAUGAAAAUACAGAAGAAGGGGAGUGAAGAGGAUAAAGGAGGGAGCAGCAAAAACGCAAACCGCAAAACGGAACAUGUAGCAACAAAACGUAAGGACGAAGGGAGAACGAGAAUGCAUUAAAUGAUUGUAACAACCACUAGAGGGAUGUGUUUUUAGAAGUACGAUCGAGGUACGAUCAAUGUCAACAAGCCCAGCUAGGUUAGUAGUGUGGCACGAGAGCGAUCGCAAACACAGAGUACAGAGUUAAACAAUGGCAAACCAUAGCAGAGGGUUGUUGUUGAAAUAAAUGAACCCCAUUUAAGUGUAA